UGAUAGCAAAGUUUCUCAUUCAGUUGUCAAGUACAUUACCGUCAGUUAACAAUGAAAAUUGUACAUUUCGGUGUCGUUUUUGUGGUGCUUCUAUUAGCUGAUAACAGUGAAAAUGCUCGAAUUUUGGGUGUCUUUCCUACUCCAUCAAUAAGUCAUCAGGUUGUCUUUCAUGCGCUAAUGAAAGAUUUAGCUGCGAGAGGACAUCAUCUGACUGUACUAACAACAGACGCUCUAAAAAUUGAUAAUCCGAAUGUUACCGAAAUCAAUCUACAUGAUUCCUACGAUGUCUUUCAUAAGGAAAUAAAUUUUGUGGAAUUUAAGGAAGGAAGAAAUGAUGAAGAGAAGCUGAUGAGAGCCUUCAUGCCGGUUUUACUGAAAGUCGUUGAAAAUCAACUGGAACAUCCAGCUGUUAAAAAUAUUAUCGAGAACAGAGACAAUCAAACUUUCGAUGUCGUUAUAAUUGAACAUUUGUUCUACUUGUCUACAGUGGCCUUUGCAGAAAUCUACGAUUGUCCCAUCAUUGGCAUAACGUCGUUGGAUACAGUGAGCUUCGCUCAUGAGGCUAUUGGCAACGAAGCGAAUCCGGUUAUUCAUCCAGAAGUCUUCUUUUCAUACAAACAUGGUCAAUUGAGUUUUGUGGAGCGGUGGAAGAGUUUAAAAUUUUAUUUGCGACAACUAUUUCUAUUUAGUACCGAGUACGAGAGAGACUACAUGAUCCAGAUUCGUAAACAUUUUCCAACUGUUACAGCAUCGCUCGAUAGUAUGAAUGAACGAAUUCAACUGGUAAUGACGAAUACUCACCCGGCAAUGGGAUUUAUCAGACCGAUUCUUCCUAAUACAAUCCAAUUAGGCUUUAUGCACAUCGAACCACCAGCACCUCUACCAGAUAGUGAUUUAAAAACAUUUUUGGACAGUGCGAGGAAUGGUGUGAUUUACAUGAGUUUAGGGUCGAAUGUAAAGUCAAAAGAUCUGAGUCCGGAAAUUCUGGCCAUAUUUUUGACCGUCUUCGGAAAUUUGACAUACAAUGUGGUCUGGAAGUUCGAAGCUGAUAAUCUACCAAAUAAACCGGACAAUGUGUUUAUAUCAAAGUGGUUGCCACAAUCUGAUCUCCUUGCACAUCCCUCGAUUAAACUCUUCAUCACCCAAGGUGGCCAACAAAGUAUGGAAGAGUCAAUUGAUCGAACUGUACCAAUGAUUGUGAUUCCAUUCCUUGGCGAUCAAGACUCUAAUGCUAAGAGAAUGGUACAAAAGGGUAUCGGACACCAUUUGGAGUUACAUGCGUUAACGGAAGGUAAACUUCGUGGGGCGAUAACAGAAAUGCUGAAGCCAAUCUACAAACAUAACGUUCAAAAACUAAAAGAACUGGUUAACGAUCAACCGAUGACUAGUAGGGAGAAGGCAGUCUGGUGGACGGAAUAUGUCAUUCGACACAAGGGUGCGAAGCAUCUGGAAUAUCCAGGAAGAUCAGUGCCCUUUUAUCAAAGAUAUUGCUUGGAUUUUAUUUCCAUAGGAUUUGGUUUUGCAGGUCUGCUUUUUGCUUUUAUAAAUGCUGUGCUACGAAAAUGUUUUAGCUUUAAGAAGUCUAAGAUUGAAUAAAAAUGUGAUCUAGGUUAUUGACGGUCAAAUAUAUUCGAAUAUUUUUGUAA